AUGUCAAAAACGAGCCCACAUUUUAUGAAUGCUCUCUUGCAAAGAAUGUACGAGUCUAACGACACCCUUUUAGCUAGUAGCUAUGGACAUAUUACUAUCAUGCCUACGUCCUACGCAGGAAACAAAUAUGUGUUAGUAGUCGCAGAUUAUUUAACCAGGUAUCCUGAAGCUAUAUGUUUACCUGAUCAGAAAGCAGCAACAAUAACAAAGGCUUUUAUAUGCAACAUAGUUGCUAGAUAUGGUAUACCCCAAUAUCUAUUAGCAGAUAGAAAUAGUAUUUCUAAGUUAAUGAAAGAAGUUUGUGAGCUAUUAUGUGUGAAGAAAAUUGAGACGACAGCUUAUCAUCCAGCUGCUAAUGGUUUAGUAGAAAGAUUAAAUAGAACAUUGUUAGACACUUUUUCUCAAUACUAUGAGAAAGAUCUGAAAACUUGGAAUGAGCAGAUCUCCUUGUUGUUAUUAACAUAUAGAAGUGCUGAGAAUGAGUCUUAUCAGGAAUGUCCAUUCUUUCUAUUGCUUGGUAGAGAUGUUAUGUUACCCAUGCAGUAUAUAUUAGCUCCUAGAAAAGUUAAUUAUGCAGUAAAUUACGACUAUAAGGCAGAACUAAUAUAG